UCCUCCCCACAUAUUCUCAACUAUACCCCAAUACAUGGAUUUGUUGAGCUAUAUUAAAUGGAGUCUACCAUUAUAUCCAAUAAUAUUCUUCUUCCUGAUUUCACUUGCAAAAUCCAAACCAUAUAACAAAAACUUACCCCCUGGACCCUCUCCUUUCCCUAUCUUUGGCAAUCUCUUGCAAAUGUUACCCAACAUCACUAAACCUCACAAGUACUUCGCCGAGCUUGCUAAGACUCAUGGUCCCAUCAUGAGUCUUCAGCUCGGUUCCACAACUGCCAUUGUUGUUUCGACUUCCACGCUUGCUAAACAAGUCUUCCUUAAAAAUCAUGACGCUUUCUCCUCACUUUAUGAUCUUGAUGCUGUCCGAGCUCAUGAUCAUGAAAAGUUCUCCAUUGGUCCAUUAUCGGCCUCUUCCCCAAUGUGGAAGGUCCUUCGGAAAAUUUACAAUACAAGAUUGUUGAGUGACAAAAUGCUAGAAACCAUGCAAACACAUAGGUAUCGAAAGUUGGAGGAGUUGCUAUGUUAUAUGAAAGAAUGCUCGCAAACCAACACCAUUGUCGAUGUUGGACAAGCGGUAUAUGAUGCUUCUUUUGAUAUGAUAUCUAGCACCAUUUUCUCCAUGGAUUCGAGUUGUGAUGUGAGGAUAACAAAGAUUAAGGAUUUAAUGGAUUGCAUCAUUAAAGAGAUAGGGAGACCUAACAUAGUCGAUUGUUAUCCUCUUCUUAAAAUGAUGGAUCCACAACGUAUAAGACAUCGACUAACAGCUUAUUGUGUUAAAUUAUUUAAGUUAUUUGAUGAAAUUGUAGGCAUGAGAUUGAAGUCCAGGAAAGAUCAAGUGCACUCUUUAGGGUUGUACAAUGAUCUAUUGGACGUAAUCUUAGAUGUUAUGGAAGACCAAAGUGACGAAAUCAAUCGAGAUCACCUCCACCAUCUACUAUUGGAUCUCUUUGGAGCUGGAAUGGAUACAACAUCAAAAACAAUGGAAUGGGCGAUGGCAGAGUUACUUCGAAACCCUGUCUUUCUACGCAAGUUACAAGAAGAAUUAGACAGUGUAAUCGGAAAAGGCAAUACUAUCAUGGAAUCACAGAUCUCCAAACUUCCAUACUUACAAGCAAUUGUUAAAGAAACCUUAAGACUUCAUCCGUCAGCUCCAUUGUUACUUCCUCGCAAAGUGGAGAAAGACGUAGAAAUUGAUGGGUUUCAACUCCCAAAGGGUGCUAUGCUUAUAGUUAACGCAUGGGCUAUUGGCCGCGACCCAAAUAAUUGGGAUGACCCGGAUUCGUUCAUUCCGGAGCGGUUCAUGGGAUCGGAGCUUGACGUGAAGAGCCAAUUUAAUCAGCUAUUUACAUUUGGUGCAGGAAAGAAGAUUUGCCCUGGGAUUCCUUUAGCCAUGCGUAUGAUAUCUUUGGUUUUGGGUAACUUGAUUAGUUCGUUUAAUUGGAAACUUGAAGACGUAGGGGAGCUUCAACAAGUUUUGGACAUGGAUGAUUUUUACGGAAUUACCAUAAAGAAGGCCAAGUCGCUACGUGCUCUUCCUAUUAAACGUUCGUCAUAGACUAUGAUACGACAAAAAGUUAAAUGCAGAGUAUUAUCCGUAUGCAAUAAAAUUAAAGUUUCAAAGACCUUAAGAAUAUGAACAUGUAAGUAUGUAACAUUGUUUCCAGAUUUACAAUCUUUUAAUUUUAAACCACUUUCAAAAGUCUCGCAUUUACAACCCCCUAAAUUGGUUGAAGCAACCCACAUCUAGCAUAUACUUUGAUUUCCUGGAUGUGGCUAAUACUAGAUUACACUAUUGCUGAAUUCCUUCCUACGUACGUUAUUGUCCCUAAGAGGGAAAAAACACCCAAAAAAAACAAAUAAAUAAAAAGAGCAACAUCAUAACUUGUACAGUUGUACCCUUCCAUAGAGCAAUAUUUUGUUUAAGGAAAGCUAAAAAUGCGAUUAGAAACUCGCAUGCAAAACUUAGAGACGAUGAAAUUGUAAGCAAUUUUUGCAAUUUGAACUUUAAUCUGCCCUCUUUUCGGCAAUAAUCUUCUACAUUGACUGCAUCUUGCAUUAAUAUUGGCAACAUUUUUGUUCAUCUUCAUCUUGCUCUCCGUUAAUUUUCCACUUAGGAUGCGAUCUUUAAGUAA